UUGUGGUCCAUCAGUUUUUUUGUAACAUAAACGUAGUCUACCGGCAGAAGAAAAUGUUUAUUAUUAUCUCGGGCAGGGAAUCAUACUAACGCGCCGUGCAAUUCUAACAUAAUGCAAUUAUGUUUAUAGCGGAAACGGUCUAUCUAUGGUCCUAUUCAUAGCCAUUCUGAGAACCAUAUCAGUCAUUUUCUCGCUCUCUUUCUGAGCUGAGACUGGCUCUCCUUUCCUCGACUAUACAGUGGCGGGAUGGUGGGUAUAUACUGUAAGAUACAACAGGCCACCUCGAAAAUAUUAUCCAGGUGCUGUUAAUAAUUCCCUUCCUCUUUCCUUGUAGUUUGGUCAUCUGUGCCAUUUUCCGCGUCCUCGCAUUGCGCCGUAGUGCUAUGUGGGUGCUUUCUACGUCACCAGGGGGAAACUCAACGAAAACAAUGAUCCUUCGCCAGAAACCGUAUCUACGGAAUAGCAUUAGAGUAGAUUAGACCUUCUCUAUGCUAUAGCCUACCCCACUCGUGGCUCAGCGUCCGGCGACCGCCACAAUAGCCAGCUAGACAAGGGUAGAACGAAGGGGGAUAAAUAGGGUUGCCAUCUCAAUCGCCUCCAGAUCACACGGGACUGGAUGUAGCUUAGUCUGUUUAAAAAAUAUAUAUAUAUCGAAGUCCAGUCUGCAACUUUCCCCAGGGUACCGUCCUGAUGGCUGGACACGAGUGGGAGUAUAAGGACUGGUUCGAACGGGAGGAAUUUAUCGGACAGAUCAGCGACAUCCGAGUGCAGAAUCUUCAAGUUGAAAGAGAGGUCGUUCAGAAGAGGACGUUCACACGAUGGAUGAAUCUGCAUUUAGAGAAGUGCACUCCUCCGAUGGAGGUAAACGACCUGUUCAGAGAUAUCCAGGAUGGAAGAAUACUCAUGGCCUUGCUGGAGGAACUGUCUGGAUGCAAGCUGCUUCAUGGAUGGAAACAGUCCUCACAUCGUAUCUUCAGACUGAACAACAUCGCAAAGGUCCUCACCUUCCUAGAGGAAAGAAAUGUGAAGCUGGUCAGUAUUGACGCUGCAGAUGUCGCCGAUGGCAACUCUUCCAUCGUUCUCGGACUCAUCUGGAAUAUUAUCCUGUUUUUCCAGAUCAAGGAGCUGACAGGGAACAUUAAGAGCCAGUUCCCCUCGUCCUCCAGCCUCUCUUCGCUCCCCACCAGCUCCGACUCCGACACCUCCCACUCCAGCACGCCCUCCGAUGAGAGGCCACGCUCCAUCGCCAUGAGGGAUCAUGGGAAAGCCAUCAAGACGCUCCUGCAGUGGGUCCAGAGACGCACCAGGAAGUAUGGUGUGGCAGUGCAGGACUUUGGGAAGAGCUGGACCAGUGGGCUGGCCUUCCUGGCCGUCAUUAAGUCUAUUGACCCCAGCCUGGUGGACAUGAGGAGAGCUCUGCUGAGGACAGCCAGGGAGAACCUAGAGGAUGCCUUCAGGACAGCCCACUAUAGCCUGGGCAUACCCAGACUACUGGAACCAGAGGACGUGACCAUUAACCCUCCAGAUGAGCAGUCCAUCAUGACCUACGUGUCCCAGUUCCUGGAGCACUUCCCCGGGAUGGAAGAGCCCCAGGAGAAUGUAUCUGAUGUGAUACAGAGGAGUGUGUCGUCAGGUAGACUCAGCUGUCGUGUCAACGACUCCUCCCACGACCUGAGGAAUGGCGUUCACCGGAGUCGGGACCGAGAGAGGCCCUUUGUGGUCCGGAGAGACUUAGUCCAGCACCCGCCCAAAAUCUUAAUCUCCUCUAUCUCCGAGGAGCUCAAGUCCCCCAUAUCACCGCCCGUGGUGGAGCGCUCCCCGGUCAACGAAGGCUCGACUGUAGGGACCACACACAGCCCUGUCUUCACCGUCUCCACUUCCAGCUCUCCGCAGCCCUCAUUUGUCAACUCCGUCAUCGGCUCUGUGUCCUAUGACUCCCCAAUCAGUGACUCUGUGAUCAGUUCGCCAGACUCCUGUUGGGAGCGCCUGCCGAGCGAGGCAGUGACGCCAGACAGGUCUGUGGAGAGCCGUAGCGAUGGGUCGCUAUGUGACAGCGGGGUAUCUUGGGACAUCCCUCCCUCCACACCCCAUGGGGUCACACCUGAUCUGGAGGAUCCGUUGCCGUCGGUUAUGGGGCCAAAGGCAGGAAAGCCUCAGGAUGAGGAACAGGAAGUGAUGCCAGAGCUGUUUAUCGACGAGGGGAACUACUCUUUUAGCUCAGUGGAGAGCACACAGUACAGGGCCAAUACACAACUAGAAGAGGAUGGGGAGGGAAGGGAGAAGAAAGAGAAGGAAGACGAGGAGGAGGCGUAUAGCUACAUUCUGGAACUGAGUGAGGACAAGGCAGCCAAGCAGAAGCCUGAUCAAAGAGAAGGAAAGAACAUAACAGAGAGAACAGAAAGUGACUCAGAAGGAAUAGACACAAAUACACGUCAGAGUAAUGGUGUCAACAAGGGGCAGGGGCGGCCAUCUUUAGAGUUCUCUGACAAGCCUCAGCAGACUGACUCUGACCAGAAAAGGGAGAGUGUGUGUGAGGGUGAGAGUGUGUGUGUGGGUGAGAGUGUGUGUGAGGGUGAGAUAGGUGGAGCUGUGUGUUCUCCUCAACACAAGGAUACCAGCCAUUCACAGCAGGAGACCCCUGACCUGCAUGAAAAGCCAAAUCAGCAGGACGGUGUUCUGGAGAAGACAGACAGCGCAUCAGAAUGUGCCAAGAAGGAAACAGUGGAACCAUCUACCGAUUCCAGAAAGGCUGGAAACCCAGAGGAGGGGUUAGCUAUGGAACCUUCUGAUAUAGCAGAGGGUCAAGCAGAGGAAAGGCACAAGCAGGUCACAGAAGAGUCAGAAACACAAAAGAAGAUAAAGGACAUUCUGAACGGCCACAUAGAGUCACAGGAGAACACUACGACUCAGGAGGUCACAGAGCAGUCACAACCGUAUAUGGAGAUGGACCAGACUCGGACUAUCCAGGGGGGAUCCUCAGAACCAGAAGAGGAGAGCCAUACUGGGCAAAAGGACCCGGAAUCUCUGUCUUGCACAGACAAUCGGCAGAGCUCCACACUCCCAGCAGAGGACAGAGAGGAUAGGACCCAGAGCCCAGAGAGAGAGGCAGAGGUUGGGGAUGAAGACCCAGUCCUGUGUGAGCCCCCUGGAGGUGGCUUGGUUGAAAAGAGCGAGACAGCCCCUUGUGGUGGAGAUGCUAAUGUGAAUGUUGUAGUUCCUGAGAAGAAGAGAGGGGCAGAAAAUGGCCAUGACAGGGUGGAUGCUACUGGGUCUGGAGCAACAGACAACAGAGAAACAGUAAUGGAGGUCCCCCAUCAGGGCACACCAGUGUCCAUUAUCCCCUUGGACAUGGUGUACUACCCCCACUAUGAUGUCCCCAUCUCCCAUGUCAUUGAGGCCUUCGUGGAGCCUAACCCUGGACUGGUCCUCACUGAGCCGGUUCCUCUCUCUCCUCCCUCAGACACACACACCAAGAACCAGUCUUUAUCCCUACCGCCUGGUCAAGAGAGAGACAUAGAAAAGGAUGCAGAGGAUCAUACUGAGGGCAGUCAUAGCGAGACAGAGGCCUCUACUGUUGAAGAGACAGGGGACAAAAUGUCAGACACAGAAAAGAGUGAAACCAAGAGUGUCAAUGUGGCCUAUACAGACAGUGAGAGGAGCAGUGCAAUGGAGAAGCCUGAAAGUGAACCAAUGGACAUGUUCCAAGCGGACAUGAGUGGGGCCCUUGAUCAGACAAUGACAUUGAGUGAGACUCUGGAACCCAUGGACCUGUUCUACCCGGAUACAGAUGACUGUGGUCCUGGAGAGGAACCAGAGAACGACGUGGAGACCUCGCCGUGGUCCUCUUCCUUCAGCAAGUCAGUAGAGACCUGGCCCUCAACAUUUAGUGUUGCAGCGCUACAACCAGCACCGUCCUCAGAACCAGAGACACACACAGACUCGCACGCACAUAGCCAGGGAGAGACUCAUACAGAGACACACGCACACAGCAGUCCAGACUCACACAUAAAAAGCCAACUGGAUCAAGAAGCUCUCAGAGAGGAGUCAACAAUGCAGAAGUAUGAUAAGGAGGUUGAAGUGAGAGGGGGCUCCAGGCUAUCGGGCCCACAGGAAUGGUGCUCCGUGCUGGGUGAGCAGACGGAGGGAGAUGGGGGUGUGGUGGAGACAGAGAUGGAGACCCACCGUGGAGCUGCUGAGAGCAGUGAUCUCACCAGGACUGAUGAUGAGAAGUCUGCCUCUGCUGCCAGAGAAAACAAUGAGACCAUGAGGAGGGAAGCUGACAGUGAUGGAACCACAGAUGAACAGUGUUCUAUGUGUUCUACACCACUCCACCAGAGGAAGGUGGCUGGCUCUAAUGAGAAGGACAAUCAGAAGAAUGGAGCAUCCAGCCGAACUCACAGUACCAAGUCUGACACCAGCUGGAGGGAGAUGAGGACUCCUACUUCAUUGACAGAGUACUACAUUCUCCUACUGCUGUGGCUGCUCCUCUACUGCCUGUUGGUGUUGCCACAGAUCGACUACAGGAACCUGCCAAGCCUUCUGCUCAACCUGGAAAAAUGAAUACACACACAUACUGCGACACAUGUACAUACUGAUACACACAUAACAAACAUGUCACACACAUACACACGCAUGUACACACAACACGUUUUUUUUUAUUCCAGAAUAAUUUAUAAAGCUGUUUAGAGAUUCUGCUCUUUGGCUUUUAAUGUGGCUUGCAUUGAUAUGCUUAAAUUGUAAAGACAAGCCUAUAACUGUGUAUGUUUUUCUGAGUUUAUUGAUGUACAAAGAAAGAAGCACACUGAGGGCUAUUUAAUCCGUAGCGCUGAAGAUCCUCUAUAUAGUGCGAUUGACAAUUAAAGUCAAUGUUCCCGCGGUCGCGGAGACUACAUUCACGGUAAAUGCUGCAUAUGUACGCGGAUCGUCAGCGAUACUUUGGCAAUACGGAUUGAAUCCAGCCCUAAGAAUGUAGGAUUGCACGGUGCACAAUUAUAAAACAUGUUUUUGUAGGUAUACAGUCCAUGAAGCGUUGCAGUGGACCAUUUACAUAAAUGGCAAUUUGGUGAGUGGAAUAACAUGUAUGUUUCAGAAACGUCCCCAAUGUCCUUUUUGAAUUUACAUGGAAUUUGAUAAGAAAAAGUGUGGCCAAUGAGUUAUGCAGAAAUAUUUACACAUUUAAGAUAAUGCACAACCUCCAUUGAGCGAUUAACUUAUUAAGGUCCUGCAUUCUCUUGAAGGUACUUGUCUUACAAGCUCAGUGGAUUCUGUACAGGCUUGGGAGUGUGUCAGUUGCACUUUUGAACCAGAGUAUGUGAACUGCCAAAGAUACAGUGUUUGGAAUGCUGGAUAGAAAAUACAAAACAAAUUCACCAUUAGCAAAGUAUGAAAUAUAAGUGUAACACAGUUGAAAUAGUUUUGAAGUGACAAUACUGAUUUACUAAUAAUGUUGGUUUUAUUUUAAUAAUAUUUAAAGAAUGCUGGAGUAAAUGUCUAUGGAUCAGUUGAAAAUACAGUAUAUGAAUGGAUUUUUACAGUGUGAUUAUUAAUUCCUUUAUUAGAUGCUAUGUUUGUAUGCCUGUGGGUUGUUUUUUUUUAAACUGCUGUUAUUGAUUCAGCCGUGCUUGAACUUGUUAGAGCCUUUCAAUAAAAAGAGAAUGCUUUAUGAUUAAAUGUUUAUUUAUAAAAUACCUUUUAUUUUUAAACAACAUCUGUAAUUAAGUACAGUACUAUCGUUUUUUGCUGUUGCGUUUUUAAUCAUUUUAAUCAGCUUAGUUUACAGCCACCUAAAUCUUCGAUAUAAUUCCCCUAACAACAAGCACAUAAUUCCUACACAUGGAUAAACCAAACUGGAUUUACAGUGGGGCAAAAAAGUAUUUAGUCAGCCAUCAAUUGUGCAAGUUCUCCCACUUAAAAAGAUGAGAGAGGCCUAUAAUUGUCAUCAUAGGUACACUUCAACUAUGACAGACAAAAUAAGAAAAAAAAUCCAGAAAAUCACAUUGUAGGAUUUUUCACAAAUUUAUUUGCAAAUUGUGGUGGAAAAUAAGUAUUUGGUCAAUAACAAAAGUUUAUCUCAAUACUUUGUUAUAUACCCUUUGUUGGCAAUGACAGAGGUCAAAUGUUUUCUGUAAGUCUUCACAAGGUUUUCACACACUGUUGCUGGUAUUUUGGCCCAUUCCUCCAUGCAGAUCUCCUCUAGAGCAGUGAUGUUUUGGGGCUGUUGCUGGGCAACACGCACUUUCAACUCCCUCCAAAGAUUUUCUAUGGGGUUGAGAUCUGGAGACUGGCUAGGCCACUCCAGGACCUUGAAAUGCUUCUUACGAAGCCACUCCUUCAUUGCCCGGGCGGUGUAUUUGGGAUCAUCAUGCUGAAAGACCCAGCCAUGUUUCAUCUUCAAUGCCCUUGCUGAUGGAAGGAGGUUUUCACUCAAAAUCUCACAAUACAUGGCCCCAUUCAUUCUUUCCUUUACACGGAUCAGUCGUCCUGGUCCCUUUGCAGAAAAACAGCCCCAAAGCAUGAUGUUUCCACCCCCAUGCUUCACAGUAGGUAUGGUGUUCUUUGGAAGCAACUCAGCAUUCUUUGUCCUCCAAACACGACGAGUUGAGUUUUUACCAAAAAGUGCUAUUUUGGUUUAAUCUGACCAUAUGACAUUCUCCCAAUCUUCUUCUGGAUCAUCCAAAUGCUCUCUAGCAAACUUCAGACGGGCCUGGACACGGGGUGAGAUCUUGCGUGGAGCCCCAGAUCGAGCGAGAUUAUCAGUGGUCUUGUAUGUCUUCCAUUUCCUAAUAAUUGCUCUCACAGUUGAUUUCUUCAAACCAAGCUGCUUACCUAUUGCAGCUUCAGUCUUCCCAGCCUGGUUCAGGUCUACAAUUUUGUUUCUGGUGUCCUUUGACAGCUCUUUGGUCUUGGCCAUAGUGGAGUUCGGAGUGUGACUGUUUGUGGUUGUGAACAGGUGUCUUUUAUACUGAUAACAAGUUCAAACAGGUGCCAUUAAUACAGGUAACGAGUGGAGGACAGAGGAGCCUCUUCAAGAAGAAGUCAGGUCUGUGAGAGCCAGAAAUCUUGCUUGUUUGUAGGUGACCAAAUACUUAUUUUUCAUAAUUUGCAAAUAAAUUCAUUAAAAAUCCUACAAUGUGAUUUUCUGGAUUUUUUUUCUCAUUUUGUCUGUCAUAGUUGAAGUGUACCUAUGAUGAAAAUUACAGGCCUCUCUCAAAUUUUUAAGUGGGACAACUUGCACAAUUGGUGGCUGACUAAAUACUUGUUUUGCCCCACUGUAUAAAGUGUGUGUAGUUAUGUGCAAAAGCCAUACUUUUACAUGACUUCAUGUCCAGCAGCUGUCCAUAUGAAUUCUGUUUAAAUAGAUUGCCUAUACAGACACUGCAUAUGUUAAUGAGAUCUAUAUGGGCUGUGUGGAGGUCUGCAUGAUUAUGCACAAGGGACACAAAACAUACUGCCUAUCUAAUUGUGAAUGAAGUGACCUAGUAUGGCCUCAGAGAGGUCACCUUGCUUUUGUAUUGGAUUCUGUUCAAAAGCACCAGUCAAGUGCAACGAAAAGAGUGCCUUUUGCUUCCCUUUUGAUAUUUUAAGUAGAAAUUGUGCACCAAUAUUGCAUUUUGGUGCAGCAUUUUGGCAUGUCAUUCCAUGUGCCCUCUGUAACU